AUGAAGAGGCGGAGGCCGUCUUGUGGAUGUGACUUCCGAUUAUUGGUCGACAGCGACACUCGACUUGCACAAUCUAUCUAUUCAUCUUAUUUAUUUUAUUUAAUAUUCUCUUAUUUUCUUAUAUUCUGUCUCUUUCUCACUAUCUAUCUAUCUAUCUAUCUAUCACAGUCUGUUAAUAUCUAUUUUAUUUAUUAUUAUUUCUCUUAUUUUCUUAUAUUCUUUCUCUCUCACUAUCUAUCUAUCUAUCUAUCAAUAUAUCUAUCUAUCAAUAUAUCUAUAUAUACAUAUAUAUAUAUAUAUAUAUUAUUUCUUUUAUUUUCUCAUAUUCUUUCUCUCACUCUCUAUCUAUCUCAAAAUGUUUUUGUCAUUCUAUUCUUACCAAUCUAUCUCUCUCUCUCUCUCUCUCUCUCUCUCUCUCUCUCUAUCUAUCUAUCUAUCUAUCUAUCUGUCUCAUAA